UACACACGACUCUUAAAGAUUUUUUUUUUUUUCAUUUCAAUUUUUUUUUUCAGAUCAGUUUAAAGGAAAGAACAAGAAGAAGAAGAAGCAUCGAAGGGUUUACUUUCAUCGUAUAAAGAAACAGAGAACUCAUAAUGACGACUGUGGAAAAGAUCAAGGCCAUAGAAGAUGAAAUGGCGAAGACCCAAAAGAAUAAGGCUACUUCCUUUCAUUUGGGUCAAUUAAAAGCCAAGUUGGCCAAAUUAAGAAGAGAAUUAUUAACUGAUGGAGCAUCUGGUGGAGGUGGUGCAGGUAUUGGUUUCGAUGUGGCCAGAACUGGGGUUGCUACUAUAGGGUUUGUUGGUUUCCCAUCGGUGGGUAAAUCUACUUUACUUAACAAAUUAACUGGUACUCAUUCUGAAGCAGCUGCAUAUGAAUUUACAACUUUAACUACUGUUCCAGGGACAAUUAAAUAUAAAGGUGCAAAACUUCAAAUGCUAGAUUUACCUGGUAUUAUUGAAGGUGCUAAGGAUGGUAAAGGUAGAGGUAGACAAGUUAUUGCUGUUGCCAGAUCUGUUAAUUUAUUAUUCUUGGUAUUAGAUGUUAAUAAACCAUUACAACAUAAAAGAAUCAUUGAACAUGAAUUAGAAGGUAUGGGAAUCAGAAUUAAUAAAGAACCUCCUCAUAUUGUCAUUACUAAAAAGGAACGUGGUGGUAUAAAUAUCACUAAAACUGUUCCAUUAACUCAUUUAGAUAAUGAUGAAAUCAGAGCUGUCAUGUCAGAAUAUAGAAUUAAUUCUGCUAAUAUAGCAUUUAGAUGUGAUGCUACUGUUGAUGAUUUAAUCGAUGCUAUAGAAGCCAAUGCAAGAAGAUAUAUCCCUGCUAUCUAUGUGUUAAACAAGAUAGAUUCAUUUUCCAUAGAAGAACUUGAUUUAUUAUAUAAAAUUCCUGAUGCUAUUCCUAUCUCAUCUGGUAAUGGAUGGAAUUUAGAUGAUUUAUUGGAAUUAAUGUGGGACAAACUUAAGUUGGUAAGAGCAUAUACUAAACCAAAGGGGAAAUUACCUGAUUUCAAUGAACCUGUGGUGUUAAGAAGUGAUAGAUGUACUGUAGAAGAUUUCUGUAAUUCUAUCCAUAAGUCAUUAGUGGAAGAUUUUAGAAAUGCCUUGGUAUAUGGUACUUCUGUUAAACAUCAACCUCAAAUCGUAGGUCUUGGUCAUACUUUAGAAGAUGAAGAUGUGAUCACCAUCUUAAAGAAAUAGUCCCUGGGUAUAAAUAGGUUAAAUAGAUUUCAUGUAAUAUAUAUAAAUUGUAAAUCCCAUA